UUAUCUUCAACCAACUCUGAAGCCUUCUAACACAGGACAAAAAUGGAGCUUUGCAUCACCACCAGUUCAACAAAAUUGCUCCCUGUCGGCAGAGCUUAUGGUUCAGUUUAUGUCCCUCUCAAGAACUCAACUCUUCACUUCAAGAACCAAAAAACCUCCUUGACUUCUCUCAAAUUCUCAUCUUUCUCCCGCCAAAUUCAACCUCAAUUCCAUCGAAACUCAUGUCGUGUCUCGGCUUCGGCGGCUUCUUCAGUGGCUCUUGGAACCGAGAUGGAUAAGCUUCCAGCUGAUAUUCAAGUCACCGAGACUGAAGAACCCAAUUCAAGAGUAAGAUUGAAUGUGGAAGUUCCACCCGCCGUGUGUGAGGAUUGUUACAAAAGGGUUAUGAGAGAAUUUAUGAAGCAAGCCAAGAUUCCUGGAUUUCGUCCUGGAAAGAAUGUUCCUGAGAGUAUUCUUUUAAGUUAUGUUGGGAAACAAAAUGUUCAAAAGGCUACAGUUGAAUCUAUUCUAAAGAGGACCCUUCCUCAUGCCAUGUCUUUGGUGACUGGAAGGGCUUUAAGAGAUUCAGUGCGCAUUGCGACCAAGUUUUCGGAAAUGGAGAAGAACUAUUCUUCUCUCAACUCUCUCAGAUAUGAUGUCAUUGUUGAUGUGGUACCUGAAGUCAAAUGGAUUCCUGAGGAUGGAUACAAAAAUUUGAAGGUAGUCGUUGAAAUAGACAAUGACAUAGAUGCUCAAAGAGCUGCUGAACAAGAAUUGAAGCGUCGUCACAAGUCUAUCGGAACAUUGAAAAUUGUCACCGAUAGAGGACUUCAGAUUGGUGAUGUAGCAGUCAUUGAUGUAUCAGCAACAACAAUAAAGGAAGAUGAAUCAAAUGUUCAAAAGAUUCCAGACACAGAGAGUAAAGAUUUUCAUUUUGAUACAGAAGAUGGGGAUAAAUAUCUUCCUGGUUUUCUAGAUUCAAUUGUGGGAAUGCGAGGAGGUGAAACAAGGUCCUUUCCUCUGGCAUUUCCCGAAUCAUGGAGACAAGAAAAUCUUCGUGGUGUUAAUGCUCAAUUUACUGUUGUGUGCAAAGAGCUGUUUUAUAGAGAGUUACCGGAAAUGGAUGACUCAAUUGCUGAUAAGCUAGUUCCCGGAUGCACUACUUUAGCGCAGGUCAAGGAAACAUUGUUGCAAAAGUGUCAAGAAGUAGAGCAAACUGCUAGAGAACAGGCGACAGAUAAUGCAAUUCUAGAUCAGCUUCGCAAGAUGGUGGAAAUUGAUAUUCCUCAAUCCUUGUUCGAGGAACAAGGUAGGCAGCUUUAUGGAGCCAAACUUUUGCAGAUACAGGCAAAUAUGAAAUUGAAUGAUGAGCAGUUAGCUACUCUAUCAAGUCCAAAAGCAGUAAACGCGUAUCUGGAAGACCAGAGGGAGAACAUUAUCAAUGUGAUAAAACAAAAUCUAGCUGUUGGAGAUAUCUUCAAACGUGAAAACUUGCAGUUUCCAACCGAGGAAUUAGUCAAACAGGUCGAGAACUCCAUUGCUGAACUCAAACGUAAUAAACAAGAAUACGACGAGGAUCGUGUAAGAGACCAGGUGCAAGACAUUCUUGAGGGAGCUAAAGUUCUUGAAUGGUUGAGAGAACAUGCAGAAAUUCAGUACAUCACCAGAUGAUCGAAGAGAGUUUUGCAUGUUUUAAAGGUUACCGGCAUUGCAGUGGAAUUUUGUCUCUUUUGAGUUUGGUAUUGUAAAACACUAGUUUCUUGUACAGAAUUGCUGUAAAAGCAUUGUAGUACAGUUGCCUCAAAAAUCAUUUAUGAUAAUUAAAAACAU